AUGUCGGAGAAGGAAACUGAGAAGGCCAAGAAAUUACGAAUUCUCAAGGCCUACUGUGACACGCAAAUCAAAAAAGUGUCUGAUGGGUCCGAGGCCAUUUGUUUCCCGGACUUGAUCCAGACUUGGAGCUUUGCAGACACUAGCAAUCAUGAAAGUCUGCUUGUGGUGGUUCCUUCUAUACUUGCGAUAUUUCUAAAGACGAUAUCGACUCAGCUGGACUUUCGCGACUUCGGCAUUGCACUGUGCAAGUAUCUGUUGCAAAAGGAUCAGCUGAAGCUUUUCAAUCGCAGUUUGACCUCUACCAAGGCCAAAGAGCAUCUGAUAUCACCCUGCAUUCGUCUUCUCACGGAGAUUGUGAGCUUUGAUGGCGGGGCCGUGGCGCGACUCGUCUAUUCAAAGCGCGAAAUCACUUUUAAGCGUCUUGACGUCUUUCUCACCCCGAACAAGGCGCAGACUGAGGAGGCCUUGGACGAGUCAAGAAAGUCCACGCUGAGACGCAAUACUCAGCGCUACGUCCUUGCGAAUUUUAGGUUUCAGCAUGCUGCGGCCAAGAGAGAGUUCGUUGAACAGCACAAAGUCAUCAGAGCGUUCCUGGAGCAUAUCAGACGAGAUUCUCGUGACAUUGUUCUUGACAUUAUCAAAGCGAUUGAUCGAGACAUCGCCCAAGACUCUUCUCUUCCUCGGAGCACAAAGACGAAGUUCUUCAAUCGAUGGAACUUGGAGCGACUCGUAACCCUGUAUGGAUACGACAGGGACUCUGAUGCGCCAGAGUCAGAAACCUUGUCUAUUGCAAAGGAGAUACACAAGCUUCUGACCAAGGUCUGCACGGUUUCAGAAAUGGGAGUUCUAUUGCCCCAGACUGGUUGGUAUCCUCCGGGGAGCGAUCCGGAUGCCUUGUUAACCGAGGAUGAUGGCUCUAUUGAACUGGGGUUGGAUUCUCCCGUCUAUCUGGACAAAUACAGGGACAGUGUUCCAGUGCGCAAUGGGACUCUGUCGUCGCUCAUCCAAGUACUCCGUCCGGAGUCUGAUACGCUUCAAACCGAGCUUCUAUUGACGAUCUUCAAGGCCGCCCCGGAACUUGUUGCGGACUUCUUUACCAAGCGAACCAUGUUCACCUCUGAUCCAAAGGCUACACCAUCCUGGCUGGGCGAAUCUGCGUUCUUAUUCUCCACUGUCCAGCUUCCCGUUCCAGCCAACUGCGGCUGGAAAGAGAAAGUUCCUGCCAUGCCGCCACCGAUUUCGGUCGUCAUAGAAAACAUUCUGCCCCGUCCUCUCACUCAGAAAACCCUAUCAAGGUGUCUGAACCAGAAUACGGACAACGUCAUUACUCUUUUUGCGGUCCGCAUUCUGACGGUCGCUUUCCGGAAGCUCCAGGCUGUCCUGAAAAUAUUUAACUCUGAUCAUGGAAUUGGUCAAUCAUUCUGGAAUCAAGCCUCGGCCAAGCUAAUCGCGGAAUUCUGCCGUCGCUGUCCUCCGAUGAAAGACGCGGUUCUCACAUUUAAACGAACACCCAAGGAGGACCUGCAACAGCGAGAUGCAGUUAUGGAACUAUUGUGCAUGUUCUACGAAACAGUGCCAUCCAUCGCCUUUGAAGAGAAUUUCGAUGUGACGUUGAUUCUAGUAGACGUCCUACAUCAGCUAGAAAAGCCCGAGCUUUCAGCGGACGAUUCCGAACUGCUGUUGAGCCUGUUGCAGAACAUUUUGAAAAUUGCUCACGUUUCAGCGUCCAUGCGUUGGUGGCAACAACCUGAUCUUUCGGGCAUGUUUGGUGAUCUUCCCACCGAAGACAAGAACCACGCGGCACUACACAAAUGGGAACAUGAUGAAAUCGAUGUGGCGAUCGAGAAAGGCCGCAUCAGGGACUUGAUGCUCUGCCUGUGCUCUGAGCACGAGGAGGUCAGGCGGCAGGCGUUUGUGGGCGUUUCCCGUUUCAUGGCUAAACUCAAGGAAUCAAAUUACUCUGAGUGGCGAUCAAUCUAUAUCUUAUCGGGCGAGUUCCUGGAGACGGCGAACCAUGUGGGAUUUCAAACGCCGCUUCCCUGGAUUGCCGGUGAAUGCGCUGCGAGCUGCUUGAUGGUCUUAACUGAUCCGCUGCACAAGAUGUAUGGAAAGGUCAACAAGUUCCUUCAGAAACGACCGUCCUGGGAGAUCGGGAAGAUCCCAUCUUACUGGAUCGACAAGAUCCUGUUGAACGAACCCGAGUACGAUGACGGCUAUGUUGACGAGAUCACCUGGCUUCUGGAUCUGUUCGUGGGGGGCCUUCGGACUGCCCAGGAUUUGGACAUCUACCGUCGAGCCAACGUCUUCGAGCGGAUCCUCUCCCUCUACAACUCGCCGACGCUAAACGCAUCGCUGAAGAAGAAGAUCUUGCAUCUUGUUUUCCGCGCCACUCAGGUGGGAGGAGGGUCAACACUCAUUACGAGGGCGGCGGCUAUCAGCUGGGUCCGGGGCCAGAUGGCGGGUUCUGAUCCCCAUAGUGCCAUCAUGUCGGAGCUGACCAGGGCCAUCUACGACUCGAGUGACCACGAACGUGUUGACAAGUGGAGUGGCGCAUCCAUCCCACGCCUCGUAGAACAGAUAGGAAGUUAG